GGGCAAAAUAUGAGCCCAAAAUCUUGAAAUAACUUGGAUGACCCUCAUUAGAUGUUCCUAGAAACAGCUCCAGAUCUCCCUCAUUUAAGGUGAAAGUCAGCAAUUUUUUUCGGCCAAAGCUGUUUUAUGACCACGCCCCAGCUAACUAGAACGAAAAAAGUCGAUAAAAAAACUUUUUCCAAAAAAGUGGUUGGAUACCCAUGGAUUCACCCAAUAAUGUUUCACACAGGAGAAAUUACAUGAUCAUUUCAGAUAUAGUGAAACGCCUAACAGCCUUCGCAUUUCAGUUCUCAACAUUUGCAUGUCAACUUAGGUUUAUAUAAGUUAUUCAAAAAGUUUGUCUAAGUGUCUCAAAUUCUGAAAACGAUAAGGAUAUUUUGUUUAUUACUUGUUUCCAGUCCAAAAAUUCUUAAAACUAUGACUUUCCCAAAACUGUUCUCGACAAAAUUUGUCACAAAAUCACUCGCUUCGCUUUUAUUUAGAAUGAAGAUCACCAACAAUUCGUGUUAUUAAAACGAUUAAUACCAUUUUUCUGUCUUCAUAUUUCUUUACUUCUUCGUUUAUCAAUCGUUGAUCGUCAUUUAAUAUCAUUUCCAACAGUAAUAUUUAGUUCCACUGUAUCAAAAUUACUCAGCUCAUUUCAAAAACUUCUCGCAACAGUUGUAUCUAAUCUACGUUUGUCAUCACUUACAACUUUAUCAUUUAACAAAAUAUCUGAUAUGUUCGAUGGUCGUCUAUUUGCAUUUACAGUUCAUUCAAUCAAUUCUAACAACAGUCAUUUUUCUAUUGACUGUGAAACAUCGAAUAUCUUUCGACAAAGUUUGCACUUAAUUGAUGAAUCUGAGACAACAACUGCUACACCACCACUUGAAAAGCUAUUAAAUGAAAACCUAAAACAAUUGAUCUUAUCUGGAGAUAUAAAGUGUUCAUCAGAAGCAUCGUCAUUAUCAACCAUAAUAAAUUUGAGAAAUAGCAAAAGAAAACUGUCAAAAAUAUCGAAUCCGUUUAUUGAUGAGUAUUUAAAACCGAUUUUAUCAGCAACAGAUGCAAACAUCGAUUUUAUGGACACUCCUAAUUCAUCACAUACACAAUAUGAAGAUAUUAAAGAUAAUCAAUUACAAAUUGUAUUACCAUCAUCAUCAACGGUCGAUUCUACGGAAAAACAAAAACAGGAAAAGAAAGCUAAAUAUUCAACAAAAGCUCAAAAAAUUGUAGAAGACAAUAUUAAACGUCAAGCGGAUAUAAAAAUUCAAGAGGAAGAUGAACAAAUGUUAAGAAUUACAAAUAUGUUAAAAACAAUACCAAAAAAUAAUUAUUUUGAUUUAAUUAAAAUACUAGAUAGUAAUUUACAAUCAAGAUCAUCAUGUAUUCAAACAUCAACAAAUCGUUUAAAAUUAUUAACAUUAAAAAUGAAAUAUCAACGUAAAUAUUUACAAUUAUUAUUAACAACAACAGAUAAUAAGAAUAAGAAUAUAUUAGAGCAAAAAGAAAAAGAUAUGAAAGAAUUAUUAUUGUUAGUACACGAUGAUAUUAAUCUUACACCGAAUUUUAUUGAAAAAUGGUAUCGUUUUCAAAUGGAAACAAUUAAUAGUUAUUUACCAAGAUAUGAAAAUAGUAAAAAAGAUGAUCGAGUACCGGAUUUCAUACCAGAUAAAUGGCAAGUUGAGUUUCUCGAUGCAGUUGAUAAGAAACAAUCAAUAAUUAUUUUGGCACCAACAGCAUCUGGUAAGACGUAUGCAUCCUAUUAUGCAAUGGAGUCUGUAUUAAAACAAUCAACUAACAGUGUGUGUGUUUAUGUUGCACCAACAAAAGCAUUAGUUAAUCAAGUUGCUGCAACAAUUUAUAGUCGUUUUAAUAGUCCUUGUUUCGGGUUAUUUACACGUGAUUAUCGUCUUAAUAUUGAUCAAUGUCGAAUUUUAGUUACAGUACCACAAUGUUUAGAAAUUUUAUUAUUAUCACCAAAUCAUCAACAAUGGCGUAAUCGAAUUCAAUAUGUUAUUUUUGAUGAAAUACAUUGUAUGAGUGGUGAACUAGGUGCUGAUGUAUGGGAGAAAUGUAUGUUAAUGAUUAACUCACCAAUGAUUGGAUUAUCAGCAACAGUUAAUAAUGGUCGAGAUCUUCACCGUUGGUGGACAUCGGCUGAAAAGAAACGUGUAGAAUUAUAUAAAAGGUCAACAAUGCGUGAAGUUUGUUAUAUAACAUAUAAUGAACGUUUAGCUGAUUUAAAUAAAUAUUUAUAUUCUAAAAAACAAUUACAUCCAGUUCAUCCAAUUGGUUUAAUGAAUAGUAGACAAUUAAUUGAAAGAGGAAAUUUACCUAUUGACUUGAUUCUAUCGCCAAAUGAAACAUUGCAAUUACAUGAUGCAAUACGGAGAACAGUAACCAUUGAUGACGGUAUCAAUUUGGAAGGAAAAUACAAUGAACAAUCGACGACAACAACAGAAUCAAAAAUUUGUGUUCCAUCAUUAUCAAAUUAUUUUACGAAUGAUUGGAUAAUAGAAAGAUCAAAAUGUAAUGAUUAUAGUCGUCUAGUACGUGAACAAUUUACAACGAUGAUUAAAGAUAAAGAAAUAAAAUUAAUUGAUUCUGUUAUAAAUAAUAUAAAUCAAGAAAAUUCGUCAUUGACUUCAAUGUCAAUUCAAUAUCCCGAACCAAAACAAAUGUCAUCAUUAAUUGUUGAAUUUAUUUUAACAUUACGUGAACGUAAUCUAUUACCAUGUUUAGUAUUUUCUGAUUCACGUCAAUUAUGCGAAAGUAAUGCAUUAAGUUUAACAAGAUAUUUUGAAAAAGAAGAACAACGUUUAAGAAAAAUAAAAUAUAAAUUACAAAUUGAACAAAUUGAACGACGUUUAGAUGAAAUCAAUAAAAAUAAGAAACGAAUAACAAAAUUAGCAACAGCAGCCGCUGGAAAAAGUAGAAAGGGCAGUGAUAGCUCUGAACAAAUAAUAAAUGAUGGUGGUGAUGAUGAAUCAAAAAAUGAAUUGAGUAGUAUAGAACGUGCAUUGUUCUAUGAUAUUUUACCGGAAUGUACAUUGACAAAUUUACAAACUUCAGAUACUGAAUUAGCUAAUCGAUUGAGGGAACGUGCAUCACAAGACAAUCCACAAUUGGUUAGGUUUAUGAAACGUGGUAUUGCUUAUCAUCACGCUGGUAUAAAUAAUAAAGGACGUGUAGCUGUUGAAGCAUUAUUUAGAAAUCGUUAUAUACAAGUUGUAUUUUCAACAUCAACAUUGGCUUUAGGUAUCCAUAUGCCAACAAAAACCGUUGCAUUUGCCAUGGACUCAAUUUAUUUGGAUGCAUUAGCUUAUAGGCAAGCAUCAGGCAGAAGUGGACGAAGAGGUUUCGAUGUUCAAGGACAUGUUGUUUUCAUUGAUAUACCAAUACCAAAAAUUCGUCAUUUAACUAUUAGUAAAAUACCAAAUAUAACAGCACAUUUUCCAACAUCAAUUACAUUUUUAAUGCGUCUAUUACAUUUAUAUUCAAUGUCAAAAGAUGAUGAUAAUCAAAAGAAAAAUGAUUGUUGUACUGCCAAACGUGAUUCAUGUAAUCGUUCAUUAAUUGUAUUAGAAUGUUCAUUUAUGUCAACAUUUUCAAUGGAAAAACAAAUUUUAUGUGAUAUUCAAACACAUUAUCAUUUUCUAUAUUCAUUACAAUUUUUACAUCGUAUUAAUUUAGUAAAUAUUAAAGGUGAUCUAGUGGGUUUAGCCGGUUUACUAACACAUCUUUAUUUUUAUGAACCAGGAAAUAUUUUAUUUAGUUAUAUAAUAAAUCAAGAAUUAUUUCAUUCAACAAAAUCGUUAGGUGAUAUUGUUAUUAUUUUAGCAUAUAUGUUUACAAAACUACCAUGGCAUUUAACAGAUGAACAACGUCAACAGUUAUUAUUAAAAAGAAAAGAAAAAAAAUAUAAUUCAAAAUUAUUUUUACCAUCAAUGUCUAAAGAAUUUCGUCAAAUGGUUAAUGAAUAUAAUCAAAUUGUAAAAAAUAUUUAUAUUUAUUAUAUUCAGGAUGUAAUUAAUAAACUUCGUGAAAAAUUAAUCAAUCAAGAAUGUAUGCUGCCAUUAUCAAAUAUCUCAUUUUAUAAGACAGCUAAUUAUGAUAACGGUACAUUUGAAUACAAAUUAAAACAUCAUUAUACUCAACAACCAUCGUCUACAUCUAUUUCACCAUUUUCUGGUCUGUCUGGUUUAACUGAUGAAAUAUUUAUGAAUAAUUAUAAUUCUACAUCCUAUGAUCUUGCAUAUAAUAUUGAUUUAUCAAAUCGAAUUAUUCCAUUUAUGGAUAUUGUUGAUUAUGAUAAAAUUUAUUUAAAUAGUUAUGCAUAUGACUUUUUUAUAAAUGGAAGUGAACGUCAAUUAUUAAAUGAAAAUCAAUUACAACAUGGUGAUAUCUAUAGUCUUUUACAAGAUUUUUUACUUGUUAUAGCAUCAGUAAAAACAUCAUUAGAAGUAAUUAUUAAUAAUGAACAAACACAGAAUAAUAAAGAAUCAACAACGGAUUUAAAUUUUUUUCAACCACUUUUCGAGAAAAUACAUUCUAUUCAUGAACAAUAUCAAAAAAAUUUCAAUACAACCUAUAACAUUAGUAAAAAUAGAUUUUGA